GAGUAGUAUCCUUGGAGAAUCCCCCGCAGAGGACGAGGCCCACUCCAGCGACAGAGUAAAACCAGAGAGAAGCAGACGCAGGAGAAAAUGAGAUCCCUGCUGGUGAGUCGCUUACAAUCCCUCCGAUGCUUCACGACUUCGGCCCGGCAAAUGGAAAACAAAGUCCCUGAAUUUCAGAAGAUCUUCCAGGCGGACAACGACUUGCCGGUGCACCUGAAAAGGGGGAUGUCCGAUAUGGUGAUGUAUCGCGCCACCAUGGUCCUUGCAGCCGGGGCCACUGGCUAUGCGGUCUAUUCCAUUUAUCUCCUUGGAAAAAUCCAGAAGCCUUAAGAAGGAAGCCGGGGAUGCCAGCCCAGACUCUGCUGGGACCCCCCACCCUAUCCCACUUCCCCC